UGUGAGAGAAUAGUUAUUCCAAACUUCUUCUGGGGUUUUAAUAAUAGGCAGCACCACGAGACAUCUCAAAGAAAAUAAAGACUCGUUCUUUUUUAUUCUGCCUCAUCUUGUUCAUCGGCAGGAUUAUGUUUCACUCUCCAAGUUUUUUUCUCAUCAUCACCUGUUGACGACGCUGAGAAUGCCACUCAGACGUAGAGACUGGACCAUGUGAUGAAAUUCCAUGUGUGUGCAAACUUACAUGGCCGAUAAACCUGAUUCUGAUGUCCAAAAGCGAAAUCUCCCAUUUGCAGUCAAUGGAGUAUCUCAAGGAGGAUCUUCUGCAACAAGAACCUGUUCUGAAUGUGUUCAACAGCUAACUAUGUUCUCCCUUUGCGGAGAACCUGUGAGGUAUUAGCCACUCCAGGAAAGCUGUGUGGGAGCGUGUCCAUGACCACUAAUUUCCCUGGAGCUCGGUCUCAUGGAACCCCCCAGGACACAGACAUGGAUUUGGCUUGGCAGGAGCUGAUGGCCAUCACUGAACUGCAGGAGUUUGGGGUCCAAACUGAAGGCCCCUAUGAGACACCACCCAACUACACCAUGGAGAACAUGGCACCUAUGGGAGAAUAUGGCAUAACUCAGUCUCAUUCUGAGCCUGCUCCUUCUGCUUGUGCUCUCAACUCUGGUAUCGCUUAUGAGGGGUCAUACCCUGAAGUAGUACAAGCCUGUCGCCAAGGUGGUAAUAUAGAGUUAAUGUACGGGCAACCUGGAUCUCAGCUGAACCCAAGAGUGGCACCUAACUCAUCACUAACACAGCCCUCACUAAUGGGUCUCAAAGAGCAGAUGGACACGUCAAGUAACAAUGAAAGGCACAGAAAACCUAACACCUGUCUCUCUCAGGGUCAAAACAUGCAGUGGACUGCCCAUGGACAAUCAUACACUCGCACAGCUGAUGAUCUGGAGUCAGACUCUGGCCUAUCUCUGGGUUCUAGUCCACCACUAGCCUCCCCAGAUAAUGCCACAAGUGGUGCACUAGUUUACCAGAGCACAGACAUGGGCAUGGUGUUUAGUGACAAGGAGAUGGACAGUCCAAGUGAGCAGGCAAGAAGAGCUUGCUUCCAUUACUCCAUGGAUUAUCAGAGCCAACUUUCAUCAUACCAAUACUCAGGAGCACAUUCAUCUUACUUCCCAACCCAACCCAACCCUUUGAACCCUGCAUCACUGGAACUUCAAGCAAGCAAUCUAUAUCAACUCCACGUGAACAGCUCCAAAGUGUCCAGCAGAGGGAACCCGAGUGUCAAGUCACAAGUUAAUAUCGCUACUUCAACUACUCUGAGCAGAGAUGAGCGCCGUGCGAUGGCUCUUAAGAUACCCUUUACAAUGGAAAAGAUUAUUAACUUGCCAGUGGAUGAUUUCAAUGAGCUUCUGACACAAUACACUCUGACUGACACCCAGCUGGCUCUCGUCAGGGACAUAAGACGAAGAGGGAAAAAUAAAGUGGCUGCUCAAAACUGCAGGAAGAGGAAGCUGGAGAACAUAAUCCACUUAGAAGGGGAGCUGAGGCAGUUGCAAGCACAGAAAGAACAUCUGGCACAGGAGAGACUCGAGUUCCAACGCAGUCUUUCUUUCAUCCGUUGCCACCUCUCAGACCUCUACACUGAAGUAUUUUCCCAUUUAAGGGAUGAAAACGGGCACCCAUACUCAAUAGAUGAAUAUUCCCUACAACAGACCCCUGAUGGAAAAGUCUACCUGACCCCUUGCACAGCUAUAAAGGGGAAAGAUCAAUGCUAAGGCACUACAGAAGUCCAUCAACCAGUACAAAGACCAUAACAAAAUUUAGAAUGCCAGGUUGUGCCAAUUUCAAAAGACAAAACUUUGCCUGGUUUGUUAGUCUUAUAUGUUGUCCUUACAUUUUUAUGUUAGCAUGAAAACUGCAAUGUCUAACUAGUGGACACAUGUUUACCAACUUAUGUAAAGAAAAACAAUUACUGGACACGUUUACCAUCUUAUGUAAAGAAAUUAAACCACAUCAACAAUCUUUCAUAUAAAACAUUUAUUAUAAAAAUAUAAAACGAAACUGCACAGCAGUUGUCAGCCUCCUGCAUCGGUAAAGCUGUUCAGGUGAACCUGUAACAAAAAGAAUUAAAAGGUUGAACACACUAUUAACACAACUGGGGGUUUUCAUGAAAGGUUAGUUUAAACAAUACCAUGUAAAAAUCCGAGGCAUCAAAUGAAGUCCAUCGUGGCAACUGUUCUAGUUAUCUGGAAAACAAAGGGAAAAAAUGAGCAUGGAAUAAGGGAAAGUCUGAAAUAAGACUUGACCGAAGUUUCCAGCAUGCAUUAUAUCUUUAAGACCAUUUUGUGCAGAUAAAUACCCGUUACUGGUAGUUCGUAUAAUAUGCAAUAAAUAUGGCCUUCCAAAAAAAGUCAUUCAUGGGCUACACAACCUACUAUCAGCUACAGAGCAAAAUGGGAAAAAACAAAAACAAAAAAAAAAGUCUAACAGUAGUUGAUAGGUCUGGUCUUACCUACUGACAGCUUUUAAGCCUUUUGGUAGCUGCUGCCUGCUAGUCUCAGCCUUCUGUUCUCACUCUCCCCUGCUCCUGGCGAUGGUUUUGCUACUUCUCUCCCUUAGCUGGCUUCCAUGGCUAGCCUCAUAAGACUGCAUGCAAGUUAGCCUCCUCCAGAUGUUCUUUCCAUAACUCAGGUUGAAGUCUGUCAGUGAUGGGCUCUUUAUGAAGAAUGCAUUUGUGCACCACUUCAAAAUUAUGGAUUGUGUCACUCAUCCCUAAUAAGGAAUUCAACUUUCCCCAAU